AUGUCCCGCGGCAGUGACCCAACCGAGCUGCCGGCGGCGAAAUCGCCGAGGCCAUUGGGCCCCACCACCAUCGACUCCCUCGGCGAGGACAUCCUGCUUGAGAUCUUUCUCCACCUACCCUCCCUAGCGACGCUCGUCCGCGCCGCCCUCACCUGCCGCUCGUGGCGCCGCGCGGUGGCCUCCUCCCCUGCUUUUCGCCGCCGCUUUCGCGAGCUCCACCGGGCGCCCCUCCUCGGUCUCGUCGCGGAGCCCCAGCGCGACGCCCUCCCGGCCUUCGCGCCCGCCCAGCACAGGGACCGCGACGUGCUCGCGGCCAUUGGCGGCGGCGACUUCGCCCUCACUGCGCUCCUGGAUCCCCAAGGCUACGCGGCUGACGUGCCCCUCCACUGGCACAUUCAAGACUGCCACGACGGCUACCUCCUCCUCGCGAACUGGGAUGCCGGAUUACUCGCCGCCGUCAACCCACUGGCCCGAUACAGCACAGAGUACAUUGAUAUGCCUGUCUCGUUCUCGUUCGAUAAAGAAAGAACAGAUGUACCUGUCGCGGUCGACUGCCAUUUGCUUUCCUCGGAUGAAGACCCCAUGUCGUUCCAACUUGUUUGGCUUCUUUAUUGCAAAUCCAAGGUUCAAGCUGUGGUCUUCUCGUCAGACACCGGGGAUUGGUUCUUUCACCCUUGGGUGGAAAUCGAGGAGAGGGCGCUGUCGAAUGAUGCCGACACACAUGGGCUUCAGUUUGGGGUGCGAUCAAAUGACACGCUGUACUGGGCUUUCACGAACCUGGAGCACGUGCUGAAGCUGGACACAGCAACAAUGGAGUUCUCUGUUUCUGAGCUCCCACCAUACCUGAAGGGUCUGCAGGGUUGCCGCUUGGUUGUUGGCGAAACUAAGGACGGUGCCCUUUGCGUUGUUCUCUGCAUCGGGGGGAGCAUUUUUGUGUCCAUGAACAUAGCUGAUGAUGAUGGUGUGGUGAGGUGUGUUAUGCGUAGCGUGGACUAUGAGGCAGACGCAAACCCACCAGAAGACAUUGAUACACUGCAAGCCAUUUCUAUUGUGGAUGGGUUUGUCUACUUGGUCACAUCAGAGAUGGUUCUGGCGCUGUGCUUAGAAACAAUGAAGCUGGAGAAGCUGUUUCCGAGGAGUUUUCGUGCCCGUCAUUUCCAUCCCUACAUCAUGGCAUGGCCUCCUUCUUUAGUAGGAAACUAUGGGAGUUUUGCUUUGAUUCAAGAUGGUGUGGACAACGUGUCCAACUAG